CCGCCCCCGCUCCGCCAGCAACCGCGGCCCCGCGGCAGCUGCAACCCCGCCGGCUCCGUAACGCCCGGAAACGGCGGCACCGACGGGGAGCCGUGGCUGCUCCCGCGCAGACAUGAGCGAGCGCGGGGCCGCGGCGGAGGCGCCGGGCUGGCUGGCGGGCAGCGAGCUCUCCCGUCCUGAGGAGCCGCGCGGGGCCGCACCUGCGGGCUUCCUGCAGCAGCUGCCCAGCUACCAGUCGGCGCUGAGGCGGCGCGUCCCCGCCGCGGGCACCCAGGAGCGGCGGGCGGCGCCGCGGGGCUCGGGGCGGCUCGGCAGCGCUGAAGCCCGGGGGCCGGAGCCGGAGGGAGACGAGCUGCCCGCCCGCCCCGCGAGGGAGUACCCCCUGAGCAUCGCGGAGAAGCGGAAAUUAAGGGACUGCCAGCAGGCUGAUAUAAAAUACGAGUCUGGAUGGAACAAGUGGAAAAGAACUAGCAGUAAAUCAUUGAAAAAAGUUCUCAAUGAAGUCAAGGAGUUGUCGUCUUACCUGGAGCUUUGGCGACAUGAUAUUCACAGCAUAGAAGGGAAAUUUGGUACUGGCAUCCAGUCCUACUUCUCCUUCCUGCGUUUUCUGGUCCUGCUGAAUUUUAUAAUUUUUAUCCUGAUGUUCAGUUUUGUUACCCUUCCCAGCGUCAUUUCUACAUAUGGAAUAUUCAACAGUAGCUUUGCUAAAAUUCCUCCAAAGAACAUAGAGCCUCACUGCACAGUUUAUAAACCUAGUGGUAAUAAGGGACUUGUUUACUUCUAUACUUACCUCAAAGAUUUGCUCAGUGGCACUGGAUUCCUUGAAGCGACAACUUUAUUUUAUGGCUAUUACACAAUAGAUGCUGCAUGGCUCAGUAUCCUGAGGUACAACUUGCCACUAGCAUAUCUGCUGGCUACGUUUGCCUACCUUGCAUUAAGUCUCCUCUGGAUAAUAAAAAGGUCUGUGGAAGGCUUUAAGCAGAACUUGGUGCAUGAUGAAGAUCAAUUUCAGAGUUACUGUAACAAAGUUUUUGCAGGGUGGGACUUCUGCAUUACGGAUCCAAAUGCAGCACAGCUAAAACAUCGCAGCUUGCAAUAUGAGCUCCAAACAGACUUGGAGGAAGAAAGACUGAAGCAAAAAAUAGCUGACAGGACAAUGAAAGAAAAGCUACGCAUCUACUCUCUGAGAAUAUUUAUAAACAUAAUUGUCAUUGCAGUUUUAUCAGGAUGUUUUUACUCUAUUUAUAGAGCAACUGUCUUCUCUCAAGAAAACUCCAAUGACAUCAACAACACGAACUUCCAAGCUAAUCUCUUAGUGCAGUAUUUGCCUUCCAUGGUGAUCACAUUGGCCAACUUCAUUGCUCCCCAGAUCUUCUCAUUUCUGAUCAGAUUUGAAGAUUAUUCACCAGCCUUUGAAAUCAGGCUGACACUCAUGAGGUGUGUCUUUGUGCGGUUGGCCAAUAUCGGUGUUCUCUUGUUCUCGCUGUGGAGUCACAUCUCCUACUGUGCCACUGAUGAGUGUAAGGCCUGUGGAUACAAUUACGAACUUUAUCCUUGCUGGGAAUCUGAAGUUGGGCAAGAAAUGUAUAAACUGAUGAUAUUUGAUUUUAUGAUAAUUCUUGCUAUGACCCUGUUUGUGGACUUUCCUAGAAAGUUGUUAGUUACUCAUUGCUCUUGCAAGCCAGUUCAGUGGUGUGGAUUGCCGGAAUUUGGAAUUCCUGACAAUGUCCUGGAAAUCAUUUAUGGGCAGACUAUCUGCUGGAUUGGAACCUUCUUUUCACCACUUCUCCCUGCAAUAGCAACUAUAAAAUACUUCAUCAUAUUUUACAUUAAAAAGAUCAGUUUGAUACACACACGUAAACCUGCAGCUAAGCCUAUCAGAGCAUCAAGUUCCAAUUUUUUCUUCUUGGUGGUGCUGUUGAUUGGGCUCCUCUUGGCUUUUAUUCCUUUGGGAAUCAGCAUAGCAUAUAUCCCCUCCUCCAAAGCAUGUGGGCCGUUCAGGAGUUUUAACACUUCAUGGGCAGUUGUUCCAGAUACAGUGCUUGGGUUUCCAACAGGUCUGCAGCAGAUCCUUUAUGGCAUAGCAUCAGAAGCCUUUGCAGUGCCUUUUUUUCUGGUCGUUUGCCUCGUUAUGUUCUAUUUUAUUGCCUUGGCUGGAGCACACAAGCGAGUGGUUGAGCAGCUGAGGGAGCAGCUGGUUAUGGAGAGUCGUGACAAGCUGUUCCUGAUCAGAAAGAUAACGGAAGCUCAGAGGCAUCUUUGAAAACCAUGAAACCCAAGAAAAACCUGACUUCCUGAAACUCCCAGAACCACUAAAUAAGAGCAGAAGCAUCUGCAGCACCUAAAAACUGAGCAGCUGACCAGCACCCUGGCACUGUGGUCUGUGUGAUGGACGCUUACGGUCUUAGUCUAGAUUAUGCUAGUGAGCCUUAAAGUUUCUAAGACUGGAAAUUUAGUUCAUUUAUACUGUGUUGGACCUGUCCCAGAAAUUGUAUGGUAGGACACAUUAUUGCUGCUACAAUUUCAGGGUUGUUGGGGUUUAAGUCCCUAUUUUUUUUCAGGGGUUUGGGGUAAAAUGUGAUCAGAACUGAAACUUUUAAGAAUUCUGCACUGCUCUUACAAUUGAUGCUUUAAGACUCAGGAGCGAGGGGAAAGGUGUGGUUUCACAUGUUCCCAACUCACUUAUCUUUUAAAACCAAAGCAAGAAAGAGGCGUGGGUCAGUAUUUUUAAAUAGAAGAAACGAUGGCAUGAGGUUGAAAGCAGUUUUCUAAAUAUUUUUAGAGAGGAGACUUUCUUUAUUUUGCUGUGAAAUAGCGAGUGCAGUUGAACACUGGAUAACUUCACAAAAUGGUUCAGAGAAAACAAGCUGAUAAAAGAGCUCUGAAUAAACACUGGGAAUAGGAAGAGGCCACCCAUCAGGUCACCAAGCAGCACACGGCUGGCGCAGGGAAAGCCAUUGCUCUUGGGUGCCAGCCUCUCUGCUCUGAAGCAGCCUUUUUUUUUUUUUUUUAAUAAUUAUUUUUUUAAAUGUGUUAGGGCAUUAUUACUUGUGUUUUAUUCUUGUACAAACAUCUUGACUACUGUUCUUUGUUCUAAAGUAUGGAUAUUUAGAGUUAAGUUGCAGUUAGGAAAUACAGCGUUCAGAAGUGUGUGUCAGGAUCAUUCAAGUUGACGUUUAUUCUGGCCUGAGUGAACCGCUGGAGCCGUGGGGCUCGGAGCGCUGGUUGAGUAGACUGAUAAUUGUUUUCUUCAUUCAAAGAUUGUGCAUGAGGGUUUUCUGUACAGAGUCGUGUUUGUUACUUGAAAUUUGCAGCAGUACUCUGUUAGUUAAUAUGUGAGAAACUGUUCUCUCUA